AUGGAUGGAUCGGGUCGCAUUCUCACGAUCGACCGAUGGUUGGAUCGAUCCAGGAAGAAGCGAGCUUUGUGCAAACACUUUGAUCUCACACCCUGGGCCUCGACCGACCUCGUCGAGUUGGACCACGGCCUGCCGAGACCACGAUUGCGCCGGACUGCCCUGACCAGAUGGUUUGGGACCAAGAUACAGAGCUUCGAACAAGUCUAUCCGCAAGCGGGGCUUGGCUGUCGGUCGCGCAGUGUACGCGAUGCUGUCGAUCAUGCUGUGAACUUCAAGACCAAAGUGAUUGCCGACUGGAGCUCGCGGCCCACACCCCCGCUUUUUCCGCAAAUCCGCACCGUCCCAGCUGCGGCGCGCCCUCCCAAGGCUUUGGCGGUCUCGAAACGGCCUUCGUCGCUGCGGACGGUGGCCGGCACACUGAUAAGCAUUGGCACAUCCACCACCGACGCUAGCAUACGUCUUCCACACCAACCAUCAUCUUCAAACUACAACUCGUCUCAUAGAACAGACGCGUCCAGAUUAGCUCGCACUCUUCCUUCUCUUACCGCCAUCACCAUCCCCCGCACCUUCGCCACUUCCGCCUCCAAGAUGUCCGUCGCCGUCCCCACCGACUUCAACAAGGUUCUUUACCAGUCCCUCGCCGAGGCUGACCCCGAGGUCCAGCAGAUCAUCGAGAAUGAGACUUACCGUCAAUUCUCCGGUCUCGAGCUCAUUGCCUCCGAGAACCUGACCUCGCUCGCCACCAUGGAGGCCAACGGCUCCAUUCUUACCAACAAGUACUCCGAGGGUCUCCCUGGCGCCCGAUACUACGGUGGUAACGAGUACAUCGACCAGCUCGAGGUGCUGUGCCAGCAGCGUGCCCUCAAGGCCUUCAACCUUGACCCCAAGGUGUGGGGCGUCAACGUGCAGCCCUACUCGGGCUCCACGGCCAACUUCGCCACCUUCACCGCGCUCCUUCAGCCCCAGGACCGCAUCAUGGGCCUCGGCCUCCCCUCCGGUGGUCACCUGACCCAUGGCUACUACACCGCCAAGAAGAAGAUCUCGGCCUCGUCCAUCUACUUCCAGUCGUUCCCCUACAACGUCGACCCCGCCACCGGCUACAUCAACUACGACGAGCUCAAGAAGAACGCCGACCUCUUCAAGCCCCGCAUGGUCAUCUGCGGUGGCUCCGCCUACCCUCGUGACUGGGACUACGCCAAGCUCGCCGAGAUCGCCAAGACUCAGUCCGCCUACCUCAUGGCCGACAUUGCUCACAUCUCGGGUCUUGUCGCCGCCCAGGUGCAGAACAACCCCUUCGAGUACUGCGACAUUGUCACCACCACCACCCACAAGACCCUCCGUGGUCCCCGUGCCGGUAUGAUCUUCUUCCGCAAGGACCGCGACGCCGAGAUCGAGGGCCGCGUCAACGCCGCCGUCUUCCCCGCCUGCCAGGGUGGCCCCCACAACAACACCAUCGCCGGUAUCGCCGUUGCGCUCAAGCAGGCCGCCGAGCCCGCCUUCAAGGAGUACGCCGUCCAGGUCAUCAAGAACUCGCAGGCCAUCGCCAAGGUCCUCUCGGGCAAGGGCUACAAGCUCCAGACCGACGGUUCGGAGAACCACCUCAUCCUCUGGGACCUGCGUCCUCUCGGCCUCACCGGCUCCAAGGUCGAAAACAUCUGCGACCUUGCCCACAUCACGCUCAACAAGAACGCCGUCAGCGGCGACACCUCGGCCCUCGUGCCCGGUGGUGUGCGUAUCGGCACCGGUGCGCUCACCUCGCGCUCCAUGAACGAGAGCGACAUGGAGAAGGUCGCCGAGUUCCUCGACCGCGUCGUCCAGAUCUCGCUCGACAUCCAGAAGACCUCGGGCAAGAAGCUCGUCGACUUCAUGAACGCCGCCCGCCAGUCCGACGCCGUCAAGCAGCUCAACAAGGACGUCGAGGCCUUCGCUACCAGCUUCCCUCUUCCCGGUGUUCCCGACACCUCGGUCAUCAAGAAGCCUGCCCACUAA